AUGCCUUCGAGAAGGGAUGAUUCCGAAGUUGCACGACUUGUAUCCGAGCAACUCAUGGCUGCACUUCCAAACAUUGUUAGCCAAGUGGCAGCUGGCCUGAAUAAUAAUCAAAACAACAAUCAAGGAUCGGGAAAUAGAGAAUGUACGUACAAAUCCUUUAGAAGUUGUAAUCCGAAGGAAUUUCACGGGACUGAGGGAACCGUGGGAUUACUGACUUGGUUAGAUAGCAUGGAGUAUGUGCUCCAUAUUAGCGAAUGUACCGAAGGGAAGAAAGUAGAGUUUGAUGCAUGUCUAUUACAAGGACGAGUAUUAACUUGGUGGAAUACCCAAGUACAAACUCGGGGCCGAGAAGCCGCCAACGGUCUUACGUGGGAAGAUUUUAAGAGAAUGAUGAAAGAAGAGUAUUGUCCAAGGAGCGAGAUCCAGAAACUGGAAGCAGAAUUAUGGAAUCAUGAAAUGAGAGGAAAUGAUAUAGACUCUUAUACUGAACGUUUUCAUGAAUUGGCAAAAAUGGUACCGCAUCUAGUGACGCCUGAAAAGAAUCGAGUUGAUAGAUAUAUUUGGGGAUUAUCUUCGGUGAUACGCGGGGAUGUUACUGCGGCAAACCCAAAAACCCUACAAGAGGCAGUAAGUUCGGCAACCAAGCUCACCAACAAUGCUACUCGUUCGGGAAUGUUUGUAAAAGAUAAGGCUUCAGGGAAGAGAACGAUGGAGGAACCUACACGAAGGCAGUCUGGGGGAAGAAUGGGAAAGGCUCUGAAAAUAUCAGGAAACUAUGGGAUUCAGACUCAAUCAGCAGAGAAGGAGAAAAGAACUUAUCCAAGGUGUGAGAAGUGCAAUAAGCAGCAUGCCGGACGAUGUAUUAUCUGUCAAAAAUGCAACAAAGGAGGUCACUAUGCCAAAGAUUGCAGGAGCACAGGAAGGCGGGCAUGUUUCGAGUGUGGAAUCCCAUAUCAUUUUCGGAAUGCAUGUCCACGAUGGAACCAGAGACCGACACUAACCAAGCACGACCAGCUAACCAAGGAAAUCAAGGAGGUCCGACAAGAGGCUGAGUGUUUGAGAUUGGAGUUGAGGAAGCAAGGCAGAAUCCAGAUGUAG